CAUCGUAACGGCUAAAGUCAGAAAGAAAGUGAAUGGGUUCUCUUAUCUGUCUGUGCAUAUGGUCCCGUCUCCUCUUCUUCUUCUUCUUCUCCAAAAACGCAUAAAACAAACAAAACCAUCAACUCUCUAAUUUAUUAAACCACCACCAACCCACAUUGCCAUUAAUAUUAUCAAUUAUUUUCAUCAGAUCCCAAUUCUAUAAAUGGCUCCCUUCAUUUUCAAACCUCCCAUUUUAGCUUCACGAAUUUGAUACCAAACUACAGAUAGGCUCCUCACAUCAUCAACAACCGGGCUGUUAGAUGCAUAAUGCAAGAUAAGAGGUGAAGCAGGAAAGUCAGAGCAUGCAACAAGGCCUGCAAGUGGAGAGACAAAAAGGAUUGAGGGAUUGCCGUCGUUUUGAGGGAGACCUAUUCUACUUCUAAAAAUCACGGAGUGGAAACAGGAGGCUGUGUUAAAGCAGAGGGUUCUAGUAGAAGUUUCAGUUCUUUUAUUGAACCCCAAUUCAUGAAGAUAGGUAUACCUAACUUAAGAAGAUAGGUAUACCCUUGAUUUACCUGUUUCUUUUAUAACUUUUCCUGCCUGUCAAGUUUCCUUUCAUGCUGUUGGAUAUCUCACUUCUGUUUCAUCAUCUGUAAAAGGGAGAUAUCAUUGCUUGGAUUGAUCUUUAAGCCUCCUAGUCCUUGUAAAGAUUAACAAUCCACUGAGCUAAUAAUUAUAGAUGUCCUUUCAUAGAGCAACAAUUUGGUGAAGGACGGAAAAUGGAUAACUAUUCUGAGGAAAAAACUGAGGAUUACCUCUUUAAAAUUGUUCUAAUUGGUGAUUCAGCUGUUGGAAAAUCAAAUUUGCUUGCAAGAUUUGCUAGAGAUGAAUUUUAUCCAAACUCGAAGUCAACUAUAGGAGUAGAGUUUCAAACCCAAAAGAUAGGUAUUAAUGGAAAGGAAAUUAAAGCACAGAUAUGGGAUACGGCAGGUCAAGAGCGGUUUAGGGCCGUUACAUCUGCAUACUACAGAGGUGCAGUAGGAGCUCUCCUGGUUUAUGACAUAAGCAGGCGCCAGACUUUUGACAGCGUCGGCAAGUGGCUUAAUGAGCUUCACACUCACUCCGACAUGAAUGUUGUAACAAUACUUGUUGGUAACAAGUCGGAUCUGAAUGAUGCGAGAGAGGUUUCGACAGCUGAAGGCAAGGCGUUGGCAGAGACACAAGGCUUGUUUUUCAUGGAAACUUCAGCUCUUGAUUCCUCCAAUGUCGCUGCUGCCUUUCAGACAGUUGUUAGAGAGAUUUAUAGUAUAUUAAGCCGGAAAGUAAUGUCUACCGAAUUAACUAAACAGGAUGCUCCCUUGAUGGGUAACGGUAAGACUGUUGUUUUACAUGGCGAUGGCGGCCAGGAUGGCGAUGCAGAAUCUAGAAAUGGAGGAAGAUGUUGUUGAUGAAUUAUAAAGACGAUGGAGCUAUGCAGGUUAUUUAUAUUUUCUUCGUUUCUUUUGCUCCUUUUCCUUAUUAUACCAUUGGCCUUGUUCUGACUUUAUGAUGGCUCACUGAAGCAUUAUCAACUGUACAUUACUGGAAAGGGAGUAAAAAUUACUAUCACCCUAUGAAGUUAGGUUAAAGUUACUGUGUUUCUCCUGCAUUUUAAAAAUAACCGUCGCCCACGGGAACCUCUUUUACACGGGAAAAUGCAGGGGAAAAGUAUUGAUUUUGACCUAAACUCAAGUGGUAGUAAUUAUGUUAAAAAUUAUUACAUGAUAUACGUUCAACUAA